AUGGCUAAGCCGUGGGUCUCGUCGCACGCUCACACCCAGCCCAAUCACAACCACAACCGUCAAGCCACCAAGGAAAAGGACCAACCCGCUGACUCUACCUCCAAGAACCGCACCUCGGUCCGCUUCAGCACCUACAGCAUGGCUCCUUCGCUGUCUCCCACCGUCGGGACAACCGACUCUGCUCACGCCGAGAUCCGCGACAUCGCUACCGGCCUCGACCGCAUGGAGAACAAGGCUCUCUCCUCCCAGCGCGUCACCCUCACCGACGAGAAGACAGACACCAUGAGCAAGCUCGCCCUCGGUGCUAAGCUUGAGCGCGCUCUCGACCGAAGAAUGAGCGGCCAGGAUGCUGUCAUGCGACCUCGUGGCCAGAGCCUCAACGAGAAGCUCAGCGAAAAGGAGUAG